AGUGUCAGGCUCCAUCUCCUCAUCACAGCACCACCGACCAUGGCUUCCGACGAGCUGGCUCGCAAACUUCAAUCCCGCCUGGCCGCUACCUGCGCGGGGGAACCGGACCAAGACUCCCAACAGCACCAGCCUCCACAGAGCCCGGUCCGUCCCAGAACCCCUAUGGAUUCCCCGAGCCAUCAUCCGAACCAGGGGGCCAGCGGAGGCGGAGGAGAUGGUGGCGACUCUCCCAGCGAACUGAGCGCCAAACUGAACCGAAGACUGGACAUCAACGACGGUAACGCGGCCCCCUGUCUCAGCCGCGUCUUUAACCCAUACACCGAAUUUAAAGAGUUUUCUCGCAAACAGAUAAAAGACAUGGAGGGCAUGUUUAAGCGAUACGACACGGGCAGAGACGGCUUCAUUGACCUGAUGGAGCUGAAGCUGAUGAUGGAGAAACUAGGCGCUCCUCAGACUCACCUCGGACUCAAAAACAUGAUCAAGGAAGUGGACGAAGACUUUGACGGCAAACUCAGCUUCAGAGAGUUCCUGCUGAUCUUUCGUCGGGCGGCGGCCGGAGAGCUGCAGGAGGAGAGUGGUCUCAUGGCUCUGGCUCGACUCUCAGAGAUAAAUGUCUCCACUGAGGGCGUCAUGGGGGCCAAGGACUUCUUUGAGGCUAAGGCACAGGCUUUGUCUCAGGGUAGCAAGUUCGAAGCCGAGAUCCGGGAAGAGAAAGAGGAGCGAAAGAGGCAAGAGGAGGACAAGAAACAGCGCAGAGCAGCGUUCAAACAGCUGCAGUCUGCCUUCUGUUCCUGAAUAUAUGAGCUUCACAUCAAUGUAGGUUAAAUCUGGCACAAAUUGGCACUUUACCUUCAAAAUACAACUCACUUAAAUACCUCAUUUAGUUCACAAUGCCACAACAAACAACAGCAAACAGCACUAAAUGUGGGAAGGUUUUAAGCGCCUAUAAUGAAGUUAGUCUGGUCAUUUUGAUAUUUUGGGACGGUUAGUGUUGAAGUUUUGAAGUUGUAAGUAUUUUUUGGUUGUUAUAAUUGUUCAAUAGCAUUUAGCUGCAAACAGUGAAUAGAUAUGCAGAUGAACUUACUGUAUAUGUUUCUGUGGUUAACCAAGCCUUAUGCAAACCACUUUUACUGUAACGAUUUUAAGACAUGUAUCUGUUUUGAUAAGGACAAUUUAAAACAUGACCAUUUUAUGUUUUUUCCUUUACAUGUCUGCUAAAUGUUCAAUGUUGCAGAUCUUUUCAGACCAUCUUGGCAUAUGAAGUAAUCGUUAAGUCAACUUAGCAAAUACUAAGCCUUAGUAUAAUAAUAUAAUAAUCGCCAGUGAAAAUAUAAUUUGGAUAUUCAUUUGUAUUUAUGAGGGAUUGGGACUGACACAAGCAAACUGGCCAUUGUCCCUAAUAAUGAAUAACACUUGUAUAACUAAUUUUGGCUGUCCACAUUUUCAGUUCAAUGUGGCACCUCAAAAUGGCAAAUUCAAGAGCCAGUUUGAAGUCAGUAAAAAUAGUUUAUUGUCAGGCAUCCAAUGUAAAGCAUAAAGCCUAUAAUAUAAAUAUGCAAAUCAGUGCUAGGUUGGUCAAAUCUGGAAACAUCUCCACUACUUUAGCAUUGUGGUUUCAUUCAUUUUGUAAGUUAAUGUUGUUUUGAUUAAAUAAACAGCAUUACUCAGACAUGUGUGAAUGAAUCACAACUCAAGGUACGGUUUUUCAAAGAUUACCUAAAAAACCCCCAAAAAACCUCAAUAUAUCUAAUAUAGGACCUCAAGUCUAGUAUUACCAGAAAAUAAGUAUUUAUAAACUGGCUGGAAUAUGCUAACCCGGGUCCUCUUCAUUCGUCUGUUGUUCUUGAUAAUCACAAUGUUAAAUCUCCAGCCACUGUUAACUCCUGCAUGCAUUUUUGUCUGAGCAGAUUUCUGUGACCCUGAGGUCAAAGUGUCGUGUGACCUGUGUGUGAUUCAUAUCUUGUGUUAAAACAGCACAGAUGCAUGAGUCACAAUAUAUGUCCAAAUGGAGAUAGUGUGUUCCUGUGGUAUUGACUGUAACUGGGAUUAGUCUCACAUAGCGGUGCACUAUGUAACUUUUCUCAUGAAGGUUCUGUUAAUUGUUUGUCUCCAUGGAGAUGCUAUGACUUGGCCUAUAAUAAUAUAUAAGAGCCAAGAUAAAGAUCAGAUUUGUGGAGAGGCAUUUUAGAGCUAUUUUAACACCAGUAAUUUAAAUCAUAAAAGACUGACAAGUUUAAAGCCUCGAUGUUUAACAUUCCAGGCAAAACAAAAAUAUCUUAAUUUAGACCAGAAAAGUUACAUACUGCACAUUUAAGCUCUAUAGAGACCAAUCAGGCAAAUCAUUAAGACCACCUGACCAUCCAGAUAUUUUGUAGUCUGUAGUUUUUUUUUCAGUUUCUUUCAUUAAAUUCUCAAAUCUUGCCACAAUUGUUCUUGUCACUCUGCCAUCCACAUUUUAUUGUAGUAAUCCCUAAUAAACUGCCCAAAAUUGAGCCGGAGGGUUGAUUCUUUGGUAAAAUUUGCCCUUUUUAGUAUAAAUGCAGAUAUUUAGUCCUGGUUUUUGCUCACCAUCUUGUGAAUUAGCAAAUUAGCAAACAUGAGCUAAGUUUAUAUUUUGUUUUACUAUCAAGGUCAAAAGUGGCAUUAUUCAGGCAAAACGGUGUUUGCCUCAUGGCAACAAUGACAAGAUUGUGGACUCAAUCUCCAAUGAAUGAUUAUCUCAUAAUUUUAUCAAUGUGACAUGACCAAAUUCUAUUUUAAGUAUAUGUCCACGACUCGGAUGCCAGUGUGAAGAGAUUAUCCAUGUAAUUAUUUUGUAUCUGGUCAUGUCUACUAGGUGUACGUAUAUUUACCGUAUAUGGUGAAACUAACCCCAGAUCAGAAAAGUAAACAGCAUCUUACAUUUGUAUUACUUUUCUAUGUUUCAUGAAGGGCCAUUUUACAUAGUUGUUUUGUGGGUACAAUCUCUCUCUUUUUGGAGUGUGUCUAAUUCUGAAGUUCACUUUAAAGCUAUUUUCACUGUGAUGUGAAAGUAUAUGCAGUUGAUUUUUAAGGUUAUUCUUAUCUUUUUCCUGUUUCCUAAUCUCUCAAACAUUUCACUCUAUGGAUGUCUAUGCAAAUACUACAUACAUGGGAAUAUUACUAGUAUGGUGUGGUAUAGUGUCAACUAAGCAAUGAACAACCAAUAUUUUCUUUUCUUUUUUCUUUUUACUUUUUUCAAGUAAUACAUCAGCCAUAAUCAUUAUCACUAGUAUAAUAAAUGGAAUAAAAGUGCAAUGUUGCCCUCUAAAGGCUGGGUUCAGUACUUACAGUACAGUAAGUCUAUACUGCACUUAAAACAUCAGUUAAUCAUACUAAAAUAGCAAAAGUAUUAUAUUGCCAUCAAUAAAUAGAGAAAGUAUUCCCACUUAACAUAGUAUACAGUGAUUAGCAGUUUGUUUAGUGCCCAUAUCUAAACAACAAUACUCAUAUGAUUAAACUAGUGAAUACAGUUGUGCACUUUGUACAUUUGAUUUUUGAAUACUACUCAAAUGUAUUUCUGUAUUGCAUAAAUGUCCGAUAUAUUCAUACAACUUGAGAGAUUAGUUUUAUUCUUAGGUGCAUAGUCCAUAUCUUUCCUAUUUCUGCAUGUCAAACUACUGUUCAUUCCUAUGUGACAUGUAUUUUUCAUAUGAAGUCUUGUACAUUUAUUCAAGUGGAGAUUUGCAGAAUGAGUUGCCAAAUCUAAAAAUACAUGUAAUGAAAUAUAUCUAUUUUUGGGCACUUGUAAAGAUGUGUGGUGUUAUUUUCCCAGUUUGAACAGACUGUGCUACCGACUGUAAUAAAAGAGCAUCUUAAAAACAGUG